GAAAUGAACAACUUCUCCUCUGUGACCAUGUUCUUCCUCAUGGGAUUCUCUGAUGUUCGGGAGAUUCAGAUCUUAAAUGCUGCGCUGUUUUUGUUAAUAUACCUGGCAGCCCUACUCGGGAAUGUUCUCAUCAUCACCCUUACAACCAAGGAUCCUCGACUCCACAUGCCCAUGUACUUUUUCCUGAAGAACUUGUCCUUUCUGGAUCUCUGCCUCAUUUCCAUCACUGUUCCCAAAUCCGUUGCCAAUUCUCUCACUGAUCACAACACCAUCUCAUUUCUUGGCUGUGUUUCACAGGUAUUUUUCUUUUUCCUACUAGCCACUACAGAAGUAUCUCUGCUCACCGUGAUGUCUUAUGACCGUUACAUUGCCAUCUGCCACCCACUCAGAUAUGAAACAAUCAUGAGCCAUGGAGCCUGUGUGCAGAUGGCAGCUUCCUCGUGGGCCAGUGGGGGUCUCAAUGCAAUUCUGCACACAGCUUCUACUUUCUCCAUACCUGUGUGUGGGUCUCCAAACGUCCAGCAGUUCUUCUGUGAUGUCCCGCAACUGCUUUCCCUUGCCUGUUCUUAUAAUAUUGUAGAAUUAGUAGUCAUUGGACUAAGCCUUGUGUUAGAUUUUGGCUGUUUUGUAUUUAUUGAUAUUUCUUACAUUCACAUUUUCUCCACUGUCUUGAGAAUUCCUUCCAAAGAAGGAAGGUCCAGAGCUUUUUCCACGUGUCUGCCUCACCUCACUGUUGUGACUCUCUUUCUCUUUUCUGGCUUUUUUGCUUAUCUUCGACCUUUACCCAAAUCUCCAUCAUCCUGGGACUUGCUAGUGUCAGUGUUCUAUACUAUAGUGCCACCCACCAUGAAUCCGCUCAUCUAUAGUCUGAGAAAUAAGGAUAUGAAGAUGGCACUGAAGAAAAUGUUAAAGGACUGCAAUCGCCCUUCAGAUUAG